AUGGCAGACCCCCCAGAGAUUUUACCUUGGAAUAUUGUGGACUUUCUCUCUGAUGUUCUGGGCAUUUCCGGUGAUGCUGUCCAAAACUCUUGGCUUUCCCUACGUACCAUUGCGUGGGAACAUGACUAUCUUGCUGCGGAGGCGCAUGCAGCUCGCGUCAAACAUAUUGAAGCAUUCUUGCGCUACGGUCUGAUCCAAAAUCGUGGCCUGGGAAUCUAUUCACUGGAGCCACCAAUGCGUACCUGUCCUGACCGGGCCUGUGGGCCCACUAUGCGCAGUAAUACUCAUGAAGUCCUUGAGCGGGACCUUGUUGAGCCCAGCCGCCUCCAAGUCACGCUUUUCACACAGGAAUUUGGACCAGUUCCGGGGUUUGCAAACUCAACAUACUGCCGCAAAUGCUAUACACACUAUUUUCACAACUAUCACGUUCAAGGGAAUGUCCGCCGAUAUUAUAUGCAUGAAAACACCGACUUCAUCCAAAUUGGGACACAUUUCUAUGUUGAGCGGAGCCUCUGUGAGCUAUUUGCUGUCAUGAUGGCUACAGCCUGGACCUCCUCAACCAACUGUGCCCGUAUCUACCAUGAAGGGAUGGUGAAGUCUCACAUCUCCAGUCUCCUCCCGGCAGACUGGCGUGUUGGUUUUGAAAUGGACGUUAAAGCUGUGUCGAACUCAUUCUUCCUACACUCACUCCUCCUUGAUAAUCAACGACGCGGCACCAUUCUCGAGCUGCCCCAUCAGGCAUCUUCCCCAGCAGAGCGUCUCCGGCCUGCCCUCGAGCAGCGAAAUCUCCGUAUGGCAGGAACAGGACAGGACGAAUGGAAUCAUGGAUGUACCACUUGCUGCUGGUUUGACAAGAGAGAUGACGGGACAAUGACUGUUGUCCGCUCGACAGUAACCGAUGGUGUCACGCUGGGCCGACCAUGCUGUGGGGUCCAUGACUGUCUCGAGCGCUUACCAAACGUCAAGUGUCGCUUCUGUAAAAAGCAUGAAAACUUGGACAACAUUUGCGCAGUCAAACAAUGUUCCGAGACUGUGAGCAAUGGUUAUCGGACAUGUGCCGAACCAACACAUCGGUGGCUGGAGACUUAUUAUGAACUCGCUGGGAAGGGAAUGUUUCAGUUAAAGCGCCGGCUACAGCGAGCACAGACCUCUCAACCUAACGAUGCACUUCCCCUUGGUACCAUUCUUGAAACCGACGAGGAAAUUCUGGAGGGCGACGGAGCCGAUCUCAAUGAGCCUGUUGAGUUCGAUGCAUCAACUAUUGUCUGCGACGGCAAGCCAGACACCGGAAACCGUGUUGUUCGUGCACGAUUUGGCCGUUCAAUGACUCAUAACGAGGAGCUUUGUGUCUCUUCUUGUGGUAUCAUUCUUGGACGUGCAACAUUUUAUGGAUCCGAAGCCCCAAAUGCUGUCGUGCAAUUCUGGGAAGCUUUGUUUCCAACCAAAAAAUCCCUCCCACAAGUCCUUUGGCACGACAACAACUGUCGUAUUAUGGCAAUGCUACGAAAUGAGCCCAAAGAACGACAGGACUACUUUGCAGAUGUCGCAAAGCCCGUGGAUGUUUUCCACUUCAAGUGCAAACACAAGGAGGGUGAUUUAGAUUGUGGACGGGACUGCAAUGCCUUGCUCUGGCCUGAGCUUUCUGUGGACGGCAAAUGGCGCUUCAACUCAUCUGCGGCUGAACAGACAAAUGCAUGGUUUGGUGGGUUCCAAUCCAUCGUUCGCGAGAUGCCCGUUGAACGUUAUGAAUUCUUCUUGGACGAGAUGAUUCGGCGUCGCAAUAUAUGGAUGGUCAAGUUGUUGGCCAACCGUGGAUGCCAUCCUCAUUCAAUUCCGCGUGAAGAGCUACUUGCAGAUAAUUAG